UGAGGAGUAUAUAUGGUGUGGCUGUAACAGGAGCAGUGGCGCUUUGGUCCCUGCAAAGUUCAUCCCGGAGGAAUUUUCCCCACAAACACAUAUCCAGUCAUGUCUAAGUCAAAGGAUGCAGGCUCUGCCACCAUCCACAGCCAGCAGCUGCACGCUGCCAUGGCCGACACGUUCAUCGAGCACAUGUGUCUGCUGGACAUUGACUCUGAACCGGCCGUGUCUCGCAACACUGGCAUCAUCUGCACAAUUGGACCUGCCACUCGAUCUGUGGAGAAGUCCAAGGAAAUGAUCAAGGCUGGGAUGAACAUUGCAAGAAUGAACUUCUCUCAUGGCACACAUGAAUACCACGCUGAGACCAUCAAGAACGUUCGUGAUGCAGCCGAGAGUUUUGGUCCAGGAUCUGUUGACUACAGACCAGUGGCCAUCGCUCUGGACACCAAGGGACCAGAAAUCAGGACUGGACUCAUCAAGGGAAGUGGCACUGCUGAGGUUGAGUUGAAGAAGGGCGAUACCAUCAAGCUCACACUGGACGAGCAUUACAUGGAGAAAUGCGACGAAAAAGUUCUGUGGCUCGACUACAAGAACAUCACCAAGGUUGUGCAGCCUGGCAGCCACGUGUUCGUUGAUGAUGGUCUGAUUUCUCUUAAAGUCAAAGACAUCGGCAGCGACCACCUUGUGUGUGAGAUUGAGAAUGGCGGCAUGCUGGGCAGCAAGAAGGGUGUUAACCUGCCUGGUGCCGCUGUUGACCUCCCCGCUCUGUCUGAGAAGGACAUUCAGGACCUGCAGUUCGGUUUGGAGCAGGGCGUCGACAUGGUCUUUGCCUCCUUCAUCCGUAAGGGUGCUGACGUUCACGCUGUCAGGAAAGUGCUGGGUGAGAAAGGCAAGGACAUCAAGAUCAUUAGCAAGUUGGAGAACCACGAGGGUGUGCGCAGAUUUGACGAGAUCCUGGAGGCUAGUGAUGGCAUCAUGGUCGCCCGUGGUGACCUGGGCAUUGAAAUCCCAACAGAGAAGGUCUUCAUUGCACAGAAGAUGAUGACUGGCAAAUGUAACAGGAUUGGCAAGCCAAUUGUCUGUGCCACACAGAUGCUGGAGAGCAUGACCAAGAAACCUCGCCCUACCCGCGCUGAGGCCAGUGACGUGGCCAACGCCGUGCUGGACGGCAACGACUGCAUUAUGCUGAGUGGUGAGACUGCCAAAGGACAAUACCCCCUGGAGGCUGUGCACACACAGCACAUGAUUGCCCGUGAGGCUGAGGCUGCCAUGUUCCACAGGCAGAUGUUCGAGGAGCUGCGUCGCAUCUCUCAUCUGACGCGUGACCCCACAGAGGCCGUCGCCAUAGGAGCUGUGGAGGCUUCCUUCAAGUGCUGCGCCAGUGUCAUCAUUGUGCUCACCAAGUCUGGCAGGUCUGCUCACCUGCUGUCAAAGUACAGGCCCCGCGCUCCCAUCAUCGCUGUGACCCGCAAUGGCCAGACAGCUCGCCAGGCUCACCUGUACCGCGGAAUCUACCCUGUUCUCUACACCAAACCCGCCAACGAUGUCUGGGCUGAGGACGUUGACCUGCGUGUGAACUUUGCCCUGGAAGUUGGCAAGCACCGCAAAUUCUGCAAGUCCGGUGACGUAGCCCUUGUCGUGACUGGCUGGCGCCCAGGUUCAGGUUACACCAACACCAUGAGAGUGGUGCUGGUGCCUUGAACUUCAACAAAGGACAUUAGUAAUCACUCGUAAUUGUGCCUUCCCUCUCCUAUACCCUGCCCACUCCCCUGUGUUGGAACUUUUUUUGUCUGUUGGUUUGUGUAAGCAACAGGAAGUCAAAACCAAGGCCAUUUUUUUUCAAAGGACUUUGGAUGGUGUUAGUCAUUAACACUAACACCACAAUUCCCCUCAACCAUGAUAUGUGCAAUGUAUUGUCUAAAUCCUGCUGCUGAGACUCCUCUGUCACAUUUGUGCUGACUGUUUGCACUUUGAACAGUGUGGAGAUGACUGUUAGCCUGCACGUACCACCGAUCUCUCAUGUGCUUACUGUUAUUUCCCUCAUUUUUUGUUUGUUUACUGUCCGGUUCUAGAUGCCGUAACGGUCUCCUCCAGUGUGUUUGUGCAGAAGUUAAAGUUGUAUCAUUCUGAACUGACCUGCUGUCCAUCUAUUAAAAAGAAUUCUUGGGUCAAA